AUGCCAAAAGAGUCAGUUACUUCACUAAAGCAACAAAAUCAAGAUUUAAAGGAUAAGGUAGACGCCCUUUCAAAGGAAAUAAAGCAGCUGAAAGCGAAGGUUCGGGUGCAUUCGGCCAUUACCUUUGGUGCUGAAGCAGCUGCUACGUCUGGUAAUAGCAAUAAUAAUGCUUCGAAUGAUGAAACCGUGACUCGUAGUCUACAAUAUCUGAGCGACGAAUACGACGACCUGUCGGCGUCUAAUUCUGGUGUCGUUGAUCAACUCAAGGCAUUAAGCCGUCGUCUUAAUAAGCUUAGCGCUGAAGUCACAGGUGUUCGCAACGCCAUUGACGAGGUUGAGGAAUAUAGCUACCAAUUUAAUGUAAAAAUAUUAAUUGGCCUGCCGGAGAAAAGCAGUGAAACCGCAGCUGAAACAAGCGCCCUGUGCGUAAAAUUAUUCCAGGAGAUGGGGGCAGAAGUGUUUCUGUAG